AUGGACCGUGCUUUGUUGGACACGCUUAUUGAGCAUCACGAGAAGGGUGAUCGUGCCCAAAAUGGAUGGAAAGCACAUGUGUACCGUAAUGCUAUCAAGAAUGUUCGUGAGAAGUGUGGGGUGGAUGUGACAAAGGAGAAAAUCGUAUCAAGGUGCAAAACUUUUGACAAGCACUACGAGAUUGUUAGUAAAAUUCUUGCUCGGAGUGGGUUUGGAUGGGAUUGGGAAAAGAAUGUUUUAUUGCUUCAUAGUGAUGAAGUGUGGGACAGAUAUGUGGAGGCUAACGAAAAAGCAGCUAUAUACAAAAACAAGGUCAUCCACAAUUGGAAUGAGAUCUGUACAAUUUACUCAAAGGACCAUGCCAACGGUCAUGGUGCUAGGACAGGUGCUGAGACCGCGAAUGACACUGAGACGGAGGUGGUAGCACCAGAUCAAGAAACCAAUAAUAUCUCUCCUGAUUUACCUGGUCCAACACCAAAGAGGCCACGUACAGGUGAAGCAAUUUUGUGCAUGCUAGGAGAUAUGAGGACGUCUUUCACUGAAGCAAUCAAGUCUACCGAGCCAUUACCAAUGCCCGAGGUUACUCCUCCUUCUACGAUACUUGCUGCACUAGAAGACAUACCUGACUUCUCUAAAACAGACAAGCUGAGAGCUUAUGGGAAGCUAGUCCGUACUGAGCGUUUAUUCCAGGCACUUAUGGAGCUUCCCCUGGAGUAUAGGAAGGAAUGGCUGCAGAUGCUCGACUGAUUCGUAUCACAUGCAUUUUCUAUCGUAAGAACUUAAUAUUGCGUAUGAGACUAUGUAUUGUGUAUGCCUGGGACUUGGUGUU